AGUAGAAAAAGUUUCAGGAAAGUUUAGUUUUUAUAUUUUGAUAUUUCUGUAUCCGCGGGAACUAUUGAAUGAUUCUGACCCAAACAUAAACAUCCAUGACAUUUCAUCACGUGUUCAGCUUCUGCCUGUAAUAAUGAUCUGCUCUGAAACGGAAAGUGAAAGUGAAGUGAGUGAAUGUGAGUUCGGACAGUUCGAGUGAAUGGACGGGAUUCAGUCAUCCGGGUCGAACCUCCUUCAUGUGUCUGUCGCAGUUUUCCUCGUCUUGUGUCCGUUUGGACUCCUGAGAGCCGCUGCGAACCUGACAGAACUCUAUAGGAUGAUGAAGGUGUGGAGGAUCAGAUACAGCCUGAGGAACUGCUCGAUUCUCAGAUGUUUCCGCAGAUUCGCGGCUGCAGCAGUGGCUGAUGGGAAGGCGCUCAGCAGUGAUGUGACAGGGCUGGGUGUUCCUGUCGCUGAUCUGAGGAGGGCGCCGGUGUGCAGCGGCCCGUUACCUGCCCUCAGACCCACCGAUGGGCACACGGUCAUGAUCAGGACUGACCUAUUGGAUCCUGGGAAGGUUCCAGUGCCGUAUCCCUCUCCUGAGAGACGGAGCGACUGCUGGGACGAUUGGCACGUGAAAAUGCCCUGCUCCGAACAAAACCUGUUCCCCGCGGACCGUACGACUCUCCAGAGCCGAUGGGAUUUGAUUCAUCAAGCCCUGAGCGUCCCGUUGAAGUCUUCUCAUGAUGUGAAGGAUGCUAUAUUGAAAUAUAAUGCAGGUCAAGCGAAGGCGUGGAACUUCUCAGCUCUGCAUUCAUACUGUAAGGGUCUGCAGGAAUCUGAAGCGGAGCAGAUGUUUGGAGAGCUGCUUCCAGCCAUGGCACAGCUGGCACUGAGAGCGCCGAGCCUCUUCACACAGCCGAUCCCGUUGCUGAGGACGCAGCGCUGUCGCUCCAUCACGCUGUCGCAGGAGCAGGUGUCGAGUCUGCUGGCGAACGCCUUCUUCUGCACAUUCCCUCGACGCAGCUCUCGCAGGACGGACUCCAGCAGCUAUCCUGACAUCAACUUCAACAGGUUGUUUGAAGGUCCGUCCCCAAAGAAACUGGAGAAACUCAAAACACUUCUGUGCUACUUUGAACGGAUCACGUGGCGCAGGCCCACCGGUCUCAUCACUUAUACCAGACAGUGUCUGCAGCGUCUGCCCUCGUGGGCCAGCUCAGAGAAGCAGUUCAGCAAGCUUCACAUCAGCUGUGACGGCACCAUAGAGGAGCAGGGCUACGGCAUGCUGCAGGUGGACUUUGCCAACAGGUUCGUUGGGGGAGGAGUGACCGGUUCUGGUCUGGUUCAGGAGGAAAUCCGUUUCCUGAUCAACCCGGAGCUCAUCGCCGCUCGCCUCUUCACUGAAGCGCUGGAGGACAACGAGUGUCUGAUCAUCACAGGUACCGAGCAGUUCAGCAGAUACUCUGGAUACUCCGAUACCUACAGAUGGGAUGGUAACCAUGACGACCAGACGCCGAGGGACGAGUGGCAGCGCAGGGUCACGGAGAUCGUCGCCAUCGACGCCCUGCAUUACAGAAACUUCCUGCAGCAGUUUCACCCCGAAAACAUGACGAGAGAACUCAACAAGGCCUACUGCGGUUUCACUCGUCCGGGAGUCCAGAUGGAGAAUCUGUCCGCCGUGGCGACGGGUAACUGGGGCUGCGGAGCGUUCGGUGGAGACACGCGUCUGAAAGCUGUGCUGCAGAUGAUGGCGGCAGCAGAAGCGGAGCGUGAUUUGAUGUACUUCACGUUUGGGGACACCGAGCUGGUCACAGACGUCCACCGCAUUCACACACUGAUCACACGCAAUCACGCCAGCGUAGGAUCAGUGUUCAGCAUGUUGCUGCAAUACUAUGAGCGUGUGAUCAAGGAAACUUCAAGAGCUAAACCUCAGAAAACACUUUACAGCUUCCUCUCUGAGCACCUCUGACCCCUGACACCAGCUGCUCUGAUUCCUGCAUUGUUUUCUGUACCUCAGACCUCACUGUAUGAGCUUCAAUAAAUAUGUUUUAAUUGUU